AUGGGUCCCCAUAUAAUUAAAAAUCGGUUUGUUAUUCAACUUCCAGACGACCACAGCAGAGUCAUAUUGCGUCGUUGCGAUGACAAGUCAGAAAGCGACUACAUAAACGCUAAUUACAUCCGGGCUCAGCGUCUCAACGACUCCACAACCUCAGUUCAGUCCUCUAAUGAGAGCCUGGAUAGUAUUCAGUCCAUGAUACUUCGGAAUGAGACGAAGAAGUCACUGCCGCUCGUGUCGAAGUCGUUGUCAGAUGAUGCGCUGCGAGAAGUCAAGAAGUGCAUCAGGCUAGACAAACUCAACGGCAACGUCUGCCGAGAUUUUGUUAAAGACAAAAUGUACAUUGCCACUCAGGGUUGCCUUCCAAACACCAUAAACGACUUCUGGCGCAUGAUCUGGCAGGAGGAUGUGAGGGUCAUAGCCAUGAUCACCAAUGAGGUUGAGAAGGGGAAGAAAAAAUGCGAACGUUACUGGCCGUUAUGCGGGAACGAGGAGAGGUAUGAUAGCCUGCAGGUGAAGAACAUUUGCGAGACAUGCCACGAAGACUACAUGGUGCGGGAAAUGGAUGUUAGCGACGACAAGAUUAGCAGAACCAUCUACCAGUACCAGUUUAUGACUUGGCCCGACCACGGUACUCCAGAGGAGGCGGUUGGCGUGCUUACUUUCAUCGAUGACAUCAACGGAAAAAUGUACCAGAUAACACAGAGCAACAAUGCUCCAGAACAGAACAUUCUCUGCAUCCAUUGCUCGGCGGGUGUGGGUCGGACUGGGACUUUCAUAGCUCUAGAUACCCUGAUUGAUAAAAUUAAAUCUUCUGGUGUUCACUGCGAUAUCGACGUGCAUGACACGGUGAGGUGGCUACGCGCUCAACGCAACGGACUGGUGCAAAACCGCGCCCAGUACCAAUUCCUAUAUCUAGCCCUGCAGGACUACAUUGAGAACAACAACUUGAAGCUAAUGAAAAGGGUACGUCAUGCACCAAUAGCUCUUUCGCAUUGAUAAUAUAGAUCUGAAUUCGAACUUACCAUGUUAUAUUGUAUAGUCUAUUGUGUU